GUAAAACAGUGUUAUCGUAAUUGCGUGUACUUAGAUACCUCUGAAGUUUUCGAUGAGUUUUAUGUAGUAUUUAAGCAGCUGAAAGAGGAUCCUUUAUCUCUGACUGAGAAGUUUUGCCUGCUUACUGGAGAGUACCUUACUGGCAUACCAAGGCCAGGAAGAAGAACCACGCUUUCAAUUAAAACAAGCUAUGAGCCUAGCCUCUACAAUGCUAUUGAUUUGGAGCGCUCUGUAUGGCAGCUUAUAAACGCCCUGUAUAGCGACCGGCUGUGCCACUCAACUUCACCAAAUAUUUCGCCAUUCAAGCCAAAUCGUCACUCAGAAAAAGAGAUUGUUAAUCAUUUGUAUGACAAUGACGAUGAUCUUCGAGAAACACAGAUUAUCGUCGAUUGGUUAGAAGGUAAGGUUCGAGAUGGGAUAACGGAGGUUGCCGAAAAGUACGAAUGCCUCUUUAACGACAAGACAAUCUGGGAGAACACACUCCACCUUCUGGAAACACUGGACAUGCAGGACCUAAAAUCCAAGCAUUUAGUUACUCAUCUGUUUCCUGACGCAGCUCUUAUUGGUGAAGGAGGUCUGGCUCAGAAGGAUGUGUCCGAUGAGAACCUCUACCUGCACUACCUUUUUUUGUGUGUUCGGGGUGGCGAUCUACAGAGGGCUCAACGACUGUGUCUCCAGAGGGGUGAUGUUACACGGGCUGUGGCAAUGGAAGGAUGGCGUCCAUUCCACAGCAGCUACUUGUCCGAUGAAACCGCACCACCGGAAGGCCACAGUGUCGAGGGCAACGCCACGCGCGUGUUAAGCAAAUGCGUCGCCUGGUGGAAUGCUGAAAAUCCAUCGCUGAACCCCUACGAACGUGCAAUUUUCGCUGCUCAGUCUGGGAAUUUGAGUGCCCUUUUACAAAAUAUGACUUCGGGCAAUUGGGAGGAUCUACUGUGGGCUCAUUGUCGUGCUCUAGUUGAGUCACGAGUUGAUGCCACCCUACGCACAAAUCUCGACUGCGGACCCAGGGCCAAUACUUUAUCGGUGUUUGGGCGUCCCCAAAAAGACCUCGACCUCGAGGACCUGGGUCUGCAGCUGCCGGACUCGGCCUGGCUGCCGGGCUCGUGGACGCUGUCGGAGGCCUUUGCGAAAGCAGAAACCGCACUCGGCUGGUCUCCAAUCACCUGUCUUUCCUGUGUCGCCGAGGGAGGUUCCAGCUUCGUUACCCCGACCCUUCGCCCCUCGGAAAUGUCCGCAUUUCUUAACCACCACAUCGCAGACGUCCUGCAGCCAUCCGGCGAUAGCAGGUCACAAGUCGACCGACAGCUACUUCUUCAGGCUAUGUUCUACACAAUUUUCAGGGCCAUAGCUUUACGCGAAUACUCAGAUAUGUUGGCAGCCCUUGCUUCUUCAGUAACUUUCUUCCUUCCAACGACUAUUCGUGAAAUUUUGACUGCGGGUGUUACCAAUGCAGAUUGGCCGGAACUGGUUACACUAGACCCAUUGAAUUGCCAGGUUCUGCGUUUCCUCGUCCAUCUUGUGCUGUGUCUUCAACGCCUGGAAACCGAACUUCCGGACGAACACUGUAACAGCAUUCUCGAGGCCUACAUAUCCACACUCAUUGUGGAGCGACGUUACCCUCUCAUUGCGGCGUACAUUGCGCAGUUGUCCUCUCCAUCGCGGCAGACUCGCUGGUACGCUUCUUUCCUGUCCGGUCUGCGGAAGGCCGAGGAUCGCCAACAAUGUCUCGAGUACGCUGCAGCCGCAGGACUUAACGUUCAGAGUGUUACUCGCGCCGUCAUACGCAUAGUCCGUCGUCGCUUUGAUGAGAUGGAUCGAGCUGAGACGUCGCCCAAAGGCACUGUCGUUCCUUCUGCUUCUGUGGAAACUAUAGCCGACAUUGUAGGAGGUGAUGUGGUGGGUUAUCUUACACAGGUAGACAAGAAUCGAAUAGCCGCGAUCGAUUGGCUGGUGCAUGACCGAGCACAACGAGGAGAAGUCCUCGUCUUAGCCAACAGCCUUCUUCGCCUCUUUAUAGCGAUGCGCAAACUACAGGCCGCGAGGGCCGUUCUUGAUAGGCUGCCUUUAGCCAUAUUGGAUCAAUUGAAGUUAAAGAUUAUACAGGCGGAGGAAGACUAUGGUGUGGACACGGCUCGAGCUGUCAUUCCUCCUUGGCUGGCAAAUACUGUACGCGAACACGAGUGCCUCAUUCUCUAUCUGCAGGUUCGGGAAUCGUUCGACCAGUGGUAUUUCCAAAUAAAGUCUACAAAGCCGACGCCUCCUGCCACCAACAACGAUGGAACUACAUUUUCGCUAGCUGAUCGUGUUGCAGCUGAAGAAGCAGAGAAAAACUUUAGAGCGCGCCUUGAAUGUUGGAAUCAUGAGAUCGAACUCAGGAGCUUGUCCCUGGUCAAGCAGUUAGAGUCCCUUCUGACGUACGAAUCGCCGGGCUGGCUUGUAGACGCAGCGAUUACUCAGCCCCGCUUAACGACCUGUCCAGAAGAGUAUGAAGCCGCUCUGGAUGUCACGGGAAUGUUUGCCUCCACCCCCGCAGACGAGGAUGAAGGGGACUUGGGCAUCGCCGGUCUUGGGGAUUCACCCCACGCCCGGAAACUACAGAUGAACGUCCUCAGGGAGGUUUGUCUCCGUGAGGUAGUUUUCAUGCUGAUUGAAGUCUACAGGACAACCGGCCGCCAUGUCAGUUGUGUGCGUCUUGCCGAUCUCGUAGCUGAUAAAAAUUUCGGAAUUUUCAAGCUCUUCAAUGAAUGCCAAAUGCAAAGCCUGUUGCAGCACAUCCAAGAGUCAAUGCUUCACCUACAAGCGGUUUGUGGCGAUGCUCUUGGCUAUCGAGUAGGCGGGGAGACGACGGCCGAUGCCUUGCUCUAA